AUGGCCUCGCGCACAGCCCUCCGGGGCUUCUCCCGCACACUGAAACCCUCGAGAUGCUCUCCUACUUUCGUCCGGCCGUUUUGCUCUACCAAUGCCGUCCGUGGCGAUAAAUCAACCCCUACAUCUGAUCGACCUACCCACUUCGGAUAUGAGACUGUCACUGAAGCAGAAAAGCAGCAGCGUGUUGCUGGUGUAUUUACAAGUGUCGCCGAAUCCUACGAUAAGAUGAAUGAUUUCAUGUCCCUGGGUAUUCAUCGUCUAUGGAAGGACUACUUUAUCUCUUCCCUCAACCCUGGUGCUACGAAUCCCCCCGGUCAACCUCAGCGCAUUCUCGACGUUGCUGGCGGAACUGGCGAUAUCGCUUUCCGACACCUUCAGCACGCCCACGAGUUCAACUGCAACCCUAAUGUCUCCGUUAUUAUCUCCGAUAUCAACCCCGAUAUGCUAGCAGUUGGUCGCCAGCGUUCUCUUGCACUCCCCGCGUCCCACCAAUCCGCCCUCUCUUUUCUCGAGGCAAACGCCGAAGUCCUCCCCUCUCAGAUUGAGGAUAACUCGCUCGAUCUUUACACAGUUGCCUUCGGUAUUCGCAAUUUCUCCAACAUCCCUGCUGCUUUGAAGGAAGCCCAUCGCGUUUUGAAGCCUGGCGGUGUGUUUGCCUGCCUUGAGUUCUCAAAGGUUGACAAGCACCCCAUUUUCAACACUAUCUAUAAGCAGUGGUCCUUUAAGGGCAUUCCUCUAAUCGGUCAACUAGUGGCAGGGGACCGCGACAGCUACCAGUAUUUGGUCGAGAGUAUUGAGAGAUUUCCCAGCCAGACCGCGUUCAGAAACAUGAUCAAGGAUGCAGGCUUCGUAGUUGCUGGAGAAGGCUACGAAGACCUGACUGGCGGCAUUGCUGCUAUUCACAAGGGCAUGAAGCCUGUAUGA